AUGUUGGAAUCAGAGAUCCCUGAACACAGAUCUCAAAUCACCAUCUCCUUGAAGGUAUCUACGGAGCUCAACCUGGCAAUAUUGUAUAACCAAUUAGAAUGGCUACAACGAAUAAUCGCAUAUUGCUUGAGAUUUAAGUACAAUUGCCGAGCGAAAAACGAACCCAUGUAUGGAUCCAUUACUGUGGGGGAGCUUCAAGGCGCGCUGAAUGUACUUCUAACACAGGCUCAGAAGCGGUAUUUUUUGGAAGAAAUGAACCUUUUAGCUCGGGGUCAACAUAUCCGAACGAGCAGUAAGCUGAGGUCUCUGACCCCAUUCAUUGAUGCAGCUGGGAUCCUGCGAGUUGGUGGCCGGUUACAACAUGCGCAUGCGAGUUUUGAUGAACGCCACCCCAUUAUACUCAAUGCCGAUGAUCCACUCACAAGGCUGCUAGUCGAUUACGAGCAUCGACGAUUGAUGCACGCUGAACCCCAACACCUAUUGGCUUCACUCCAGCGGCGAUAUUGGAUAUUCGGUGGACGAAAUGCAGUGCGUCUUCACACGCACAAGUGUAUGAAGUGCUACAGAUGGAAAAUUAAGGCAGCUACUCAAUUGAUGGGAUCUUUGCCAGCCGCCAGGGUGAACCCAUCUCCAUCAUUUCAUGUCACAGGCUUUGAUUACGCUGGUCCAAUAUCCAUAAGGUAUGGAGGAAUAAGGAGCAGGGUCCUCACCAAGGCGUACGUGGCACUUCUCGUUUGCUUUAGCACUCAUACCAUUCACCUAGAACUGGUAUCAGACCAAACUAGCUUGACAUUCCUUGCAGCACUGCGCAGAUUCAUAUCUCGCAGAGGAAGGCCGAUUCAAAUCCAUUCCGACAAUGGGACAAAUUGUAUAGGAGCCAACAGAUUAUUGGGUGAGUUCCUAAACAAUAAUUCUCUAAGGAAGGGGAUAUUAGAAUACUCACACAAAGAAGGGAUAGACUGGCGAUUUAUUCCCCCUCAUGCCCCCCAUUUUUUAGGCCUAUGGGAAGCCGGAGUGAAAUCAACAAAGUUUCAUCUACGAAGAUGCAUCGGAGACAGUAUACAUAAUUUCGAAGAGCUACACACAGUACUAGUGCAAAUUGAAGCGGUGCUGAAUUCAAGGCCCGUGAUGGCAGUUUACGAUGAUUCUGACAGCCUGGAGGCAUUAACCCCAGGGCACUUUCUAAUUGGACUUCCGUUAACGACUUUCCCAGAGCCAACCCUGCUCAAUGAACCGACAGUAAAUUGUAAAAGACGAAGAUGGGAUCUGGUUCAAAGAAUGUUUCAGCAAUUUUGGCUGCGCUGGCGCCGUGACUAUGUUAACUCUCUUCAGCAACGACCAAAAUGGUCAAGGCCCAUAGCUAAUUUCAAAAUAGGAGAUUUGGUUAUACUAAAGGAGGACCACCAAUCACCCCUGGACUGGCACUUAGGUAGGAUCAUUCAGCUACAUCAGGGAGCUGAUGGACUGGUCCGAGUGGCUACUAUCAAAACCAGGGACAGCACUAUGAAGCGGCCAAUUACGAAACUGGCAAUGCUACCUAACCUAACCUAA